GCUGCCUGGAUAGCAGCACCCCCGUGCCUGCAGGCGCCUUCUCUAGUGAUGGUGCCCCUGCUGCAGGCAGGGGGUGACUUGCAACUGCAUGACCAGCGGGGUCGCACACCACAAGACUGGGCUGAGCAGGGUGGGGCCAAGCAGAACUGGGAGUUGCUGGAGUUGUUGCAGCUCUGCCGGGCCCACAUAUCAGCGUUCGUGCAUGACGGUGAGUUGCCACCCAUGGCAUCUCUGGACCGGUUGCAGGCCAGAUUUGGGAACAGCCCGCCUGGCUCCCUGUCCUCCCUGAGGCUGAUGCAGGCAGACAGGACGCUGAGGCUAGCACAGAUCAGGAGAGCCUCCCAAGUCCCGGCCUUGGGGUUUGGUCAGCCUCCUGUGGAUGGGUCACAAAAUGACUGUGCAGCAGCCGAAGGCCCCUGGAACCCAGACAGAUGUGCUACUGGCUGACCUUCAGCACUGCAGGUACCUGUGCCAGCCCCCAGCCCGGCCUCCUGUUGGCCCUCCCACGGAAGACAAGGGUGUGUGGCCGUAGUCAUGGCCAG